CUGGUUGCAUUUAUGAACCAGUGCUGCUUCUCUCUGCAUCACUAAAAGGGAUUGGAGUGCUGAAUUUGUCACAUGAAAAACCUUAAGAGAAUGCAGUGCAUGUCCCAACCAAGCCUGAACCUGCAAAAAAAGGAGGCAAUUUUUCCAUCAGAGAUUCUGCCUCAUGGUUUUGAGCAGAGAGACGACAGAAGAGCAAGCAAGGGGAGUUAAAGGCACUACAAAAGAGUAAAGUUGUGUCUUGACCAAAAUUUUUGUAAGGAUAAGAUGAAAGUUAUCUUCCUAAACAGUAGCUAAUAUUUCAUAAUCAGCCUUCAGUUUUGAAGAAAGAGGAGGAAGCAUGCAAGAAGAAUGGAUCUGAAGUUCAUCAGAAGACCACAUAAUGAGAUUUGUUUUUUGAAUAGCAAAUCUUUGGGACUCUAAAGAAAAAGAGACUCAUCUUGACUAGUUAAAGCUGCCAAGGAUACAGAAAAAAAGUGUGCUUAUGGAUCUAAGCAUCGUGCAUGAUGAGCAUCUGCCCUUCCUGGGAGAAACAGCCACUGCUCAACACACCUCAGCACCUCCUACCCUGCCCUCCCAAAGUCCACUCCUGAAGCAGGGUCUUGCAGCUGGCUUUAAAAGGGUUUGUCGGACAGAAGAGGAGAGCCCAUGCCCUUUUCCAGGGCUUCUCCCAGGCGUCUUGGAGAUGCGAGUGAAAGAAGGCAGCAAGAUUCGCAACCUGAUGGGUUUUGCAAUGGCACGGAUGCAGUGUGAAGAAAUAAACAGCAAACAGGUCGGCCUGAGGCAGGUGGUGUUUACAGGUUCGGGCCGAGCAGUCACCAAAACCAUUACCUGUGUCGAGAUAAUGAAGAGGAAAGUUGGUGGGCUCUACCAGCUGACUAAACUGCGCUAUAAAGGUGUCCGGGAGGUAUGGGAGAGUCAGGAAGAAGGCGGAGCCAAAAUGACCGUUCACAGGACUGUGCCAUCUAUCAGUAUCCUUCUCUCCAAGGACCCUUUGAAUCCCCUUGAGCCAGGAUAUCAGCCUCCUGAGAUGCAGAGCUCUCUCUGGGAGGAGAGACAAGAUAGUAAUGCAGUGUGUAGUGAAGCAGGAAAAAGGCAGUUUGACUACACUGUCAUGCAGAGUGAAAUACAGACAAAACGAUUCUGUCCUCAAGGUGGAAUCUCUGUAAAUUAAGAAUUUUUACUAAAGGGCAGAACUAUUUACUGAAAAACUAAUGCAGAUUAAAACUUAAAAAAGGAAUUUCAAAGGAAUUUUUUUUUUUACAUUUUAUUAUAAAAACACAGAUUGUGCUUUUAGCUAAUUGUAAUUGUAUCAAGCCUUGAGCUCGAGUUGAAUAGUUCAUCUGAUCAUUUCUAAUACAGUGUAUGUGCACUUGCAAAUCACCUCAUUGGUGCCGCUAUUUCUUUCUACUCACUGCCCCGGGUAUUUCCUUAAUGUUUCUAUGGAUUUGAUUAGUGUUAAGUAGUUAAGUAGUUUUUCCCAUACUUAACAUCUGUAUACCCUUAUUUUAUUGAUGCAUACCCUUUUGCAAGAGUCAACACAUUGUGAAUGAGUUUUGUUAUCAGGAAAAUAAAAGAAACCAAUAUUGUAACACUGUAAAUACAAUGACAUGUAAACAGAGAGAAAAUGAUAUUAUGUUAUAUGAAUAUACUGUAUGAUUACAAUUUGUGGUUUGCAUUAAAACAAUACAUUAUGAACAUAUGCAAAUAAAUGAUUUGCACAAGAACAAGUUUUAUUAUUCA